AUGAUCUAUGAUAUAAAAAUAACAAUCGAAGUUCCUGUUAGUGUUGUUUGGCGUAAUCCACGUACAAAAUCUCUUUUAUUACGUGGUUCUGCUUUUUUUGAUAAAGGUUUUAUUAAUUUACUUGUCAAAGGUUCAUCAAGUGAUACAAAUGCAAGUAUAGAACAAGAACAUUAUUUUGAUGUUAUUGUUAAAUUAAUAGCAACAAAAAUGUCAUUUUCGACUGAUCUUGGUGAUGAUGAUGAAUCAGAAACAAGAAUCAAUUAA